AUGCCCCUCCCUCCUUCUCCCCUGAAACUCUCACACCGCUACCCAUCCACCACGGAAGACUCACCUAUCUCUCCCGGGACAACUGGCAAUAAUUUUACAUUCGCAAGCCCCCCGUCACCGCGGACACCACAAAUAUCUGCACCUCCAUCUCCCGUCGCGUCCCGCCAUACCUACAACGCCAUGAGUGGAUCCCACCGAGGAUCCGGGGAUUUCUCUGGCGCCGCUGAUAUGGGCGGCGGAGGACUAGGAAAUCUAGCUGAUGAGCUAGCGGAUGCAUGGGGAGAAGAGGAAGAUGGAUAUGGAUAUGCGUCGGGCCAGGAAGCUAGCCGCGCGGGGUCACAACAGAUGGGUCAUAGUGAUGGAGAGGAAAUGUACAUGCAGUCAGUGCACAGCGUGCGCUCCCGGUCACCAUCCCUCUCAUCAGAAAGAGAUUCGCUCCACCCAUCAAAGAACAAACAUCGUGCAAAUCAUUUGCGACAGCACCGCCGGCAGGAGUCGCAAUAUGAUGGCUCGGAUUAUGGACCCGACUCAGAUCUAGAGGAGACGGAUAUCUCCCCUGCACUGGAGAGCCAAAUGGCUGAGAUUGAGAGUCUCGUUCGACGAGGUAUAGAAAAUAACGGAAGUGAAAAUGACUAUGUCAUUCAGCGGACAGUCGAGUCAUUGAAAGAUCUCGGUGGACAGAGCGGGAUCGAGAAUAACUCAUCACCGCCCAUUCCUCAAUCACAUCACAUCUCACCCACCAAACCCGCGCCCUCCAAUCCCUCGUCCACCCGCUCCUCUUCUCCCCCCUUCCCCCUCCUUUCCGACGACGCAAUCGACUCCCUCAUGCCCCUUAUAGACGAAGGCUUAUUGCCAAAUCUCCCAUACCCCUUCCCAGAACAGCACCAAGACUCCCAAUUAACAACCUCCGCACACAACCCCCUCGCCUCUCUCCAAGCCCUCAUCUCACAAACAGCCGAUAUCACACAUACACUUCGUGGCUUAAGCGAUACCCUCUACGAGUCGAGACAAUUGACUUCAACGGCUUCCCGCCGAUUACGCUCUGCGCGAGAACUCGUCGCCGAUAUCCGGCGGGAAGAAGAGAGCCACGAAGAGGGAUCCCGGUGGAUCGAGCGCGGUGAUUGGGACCGUAGGAUCAAAGAUCGAGAGGCUGGCAAGGUCUGCGGUGAUGUAGUCAGUGGAUUUGAGGCUGUCUGUGGGGAAUGGCGCGAGAAGCUAUUCGGAGCGAAUGCCGAAGUGGCCGCUGCAUAA